AGAAGCGCAUCCCUGGGCUCAACUUACCUGCCCCCCUGCUCCUUCAGGGAUGGAGGCAAUGGCAACUGGCACUUCCUUGCCUGACCCUGGCGACUUUGACCGGAAUGUGCCCCGAAUCUGUGGGGUGUGCGGAGACCGAGCCACAGGCUUUCACUUCAACGCUAUGACCUGUGAAGGCUGCAAAGGCUUCUUCAGGCGAAGCAUGAAGCGGAAGGCGCUGUUCACCUGUCCCUUUAACGGGGACUGUCGCAUCACCAAGGACAACCGCCGCCACUGCCAGGCCUGCCGGCUCAAGCGCUGUGUGGACAUCGGCAUGAUGAAGGAGUUCAUCCUGACGGAUGAGGAGGUGCAGCGGAAGCGGGAGAUGAUCCUGAAGCGGAAGGAGGAGGAAGCCUUGAGGGACAGCCUGCGGCCCAAGCUGUCCGAGGAGCAGCAACGCAUCAUUGCCAUCCUGCUGGAUGCCCACCACAAGACCUACGACCCCACCUAUGCCGACUUCACCCAGUUCCGGCCUCCAGCUCGUGCGGAUGGGUGUGGAGGGAGCCAUUCCUCGAGGCCCUCCUCCCUCCACACACCCAGCCUCUCUGGGGACUCCUCUUCCUCCUGCUCAGAUAACUACGCAGCCUCUCUAGAUGUGAUAGAGCCAACCAGCUUCUCCAAUCUGGAUCUGAGGGAAGAAGACUCAGAUGACUCUUCUCUGACCCUGGACCUAUCCCAGCUCUCCAUGCUGCCCCACCUGGCUGACCUGGUCAGUUACAGCAUCCAAAAGGUCGUCGGCUUUGCCAAGAUGAUUCCAGGGUUCAGAGACCUCACUUCUGAUGACCAGAUUGUGCUGCUGAAGUCAAGUGCCAUCGAGGUCAUCAUGUUGCGCUCCAACCAGUCCUUCAUCAUGGACGACAUGUCCUGGACCUGUGGCAGCGAGGACUACAAGUACCGCAUCAGUGAUGUGGCCAAAGCUGGACACAGCCUGGAGCUGAUUGAGCCCCUGAUCAAGUUCCAGGUGGGGCUGAAGAAGCUGAACUUGCAUGAGGAGGAGCAUGUCCUGCUCAUGGCCAUCUGCAUUGUCUCCCCAGACCGUCCCGGGGUGCAGGAUGCUGCCCUGGUUGAGGCCAUCCAGGACCGCCUGUCCAACACACUACAGACCUACAUCCGCUGCCGCCACCCACCCCCGGGCAGCCACCUGCUCUACGCCAAGAUGAUCCAGAAGCUAGCCGACCUGCGUAGCCUCAAUGAGGAGCACUCCAAGCAGUAUCGCUGCCUUUCCUUCCAGCCCGAGUGCAGCAUGAAGCUCACACCCCUCGUGCUGGAGGUGUUUGGCAAUGAGAUUUCCUGA